AGUCAGCAUUUACGUUUUCAGUGAUCCCCUCGUUCCGCGAACGCGUAUCGGCGUUUCAGACCUCGUUUCCCCCUCCCAGUUUCCCCGUUAGUCGCGAUUUUAGUGCCCUGAGGAUACGUGUUUCUUGAAUUUUAGUGUUUUUAACGUGUUGAAACUUAUUUCAUUACCAAGUGCGCCGGUGAUAACUCAUUGUUCAACGUUGAGGACUGGUGCUUUUACCAAAGUCCCCAAGACAACGCGAGUUGCUCCUUGAAGAUCACCUGUGCUCUACAGAGUUCUCAGUCCUCCCCUUAUCUCAGUUUCGCGAAAGUCUAUUAUCCGUUCGUUGCUUUCGUUCAGUGGUUCUACGCAGUAUCUGUCAAACCGAUUUCUCUCUGAACUGUCACCUACUGGUCUUGAAUUCUCGGUUUUACAUCUUGAGAUCGUCUCGCCGGGAAUACGAUGCCCAACACAUUCAUCUCUAGACGUACUUACUCAUGUGUUUUCUUUGUGACAAGAGACAUUAUUGAGAUGUAAACUGCUCCGUGCGGUCCUACUCUGUGUAAGUUUUUAGCUGUUCGGAUCACUAUUUUUAUGAAAUUUUUUUGGGCUGGAGUAAGACGAACAUUAAUCCUGGAACCCUUAAGGCAGGGCAAUGCCGCAAUGUGCUGUUACAACAUGUCGAAAUGCUUAUCAUAGAACGAGGGGGAAAGUGUGUUAUCAUCGGUUUCCUCAAGAGGAAGACGUGCGUGAUAAGUGGAUAAAAAUCAUCGGCUGUAAUGACUCCAAAAAGCCCCUGAACCUUACCUCUGCACGCGUGUGCUCAUUACACUUCUCUCCUGCUUGCUACGAUCGUGACAUAACCCACGAAUUAUUCGGUCUGCCUGAGAGGAAACGCCUAAGGAAAGGAGCUGUACCUGAUCGUCAUAUUCCGAAACAACCUUCUCAGAGAGGUAAAAACCGAUCCAAUCCCAGCACUGGAAGUCGAACAAACAGUGGUGGGAGAAAAACUGCAGUGUCGCGCAGAAAACCAAAGUUUGACUCGGAUAUAUAUAUUGACAUUACUUCGUUCGGGAAGAUAAUAAAUAAAGUGAUUGUUCCAGAGAUUACUGUUGAUGUUAGUCAGUUAACCAACAAUUCCUUUGGCGUUUUGAUUGCCCUCGGACUUCAUCCUAACCCUGAAAGCAUAAACAGAAUGCAGAUCAUGGAGGAUGGUAGCGAGUGCGACAAGUCAGCUUCGGUGGAAGAGGAGGCCGCCCGCGCCGCGACGCCCAAAGCGAGCCUCCUGUCGGAAGCUCUGCUAACGGUCAAAGACAAGAGCAAGAGCGUCGCGGCGCCCACGAGUAACGGGCUCUCGUACCACGAGGACGAGAAGCCGGACGCGGCGGGCGAGGAGAAAACGGAGUCGCCGGAGGAGGAGAAUGGCGAGGACGCGGGACCCCUGGUCAACGGCGUGCACGAGAAUAGCGAGGAGUCGAAGGAAGAAGCAGUAGCGGAGGCGGAGCCCCCGGCCGAAGAGCCAGAGGACCCGGAGGAGGCGAUGCAAGUAGAAGAAGCCGAGCCCGAGCUAGACGAAGCGGAGGCGGAGCCGAUGGCGAAAGAGACGACGACGCCGCCGCCGCCCGCCGACGAGGAUGUCGAGGAGGAGGCGGGGGUGGACGCCGCCGCGGCCGGGGAGGUGGACGUGGAAGUGGAUGCGAAAAAGAGCCCCGUCGAAGCGGCGUCCAUCCAAGAUGUUGCCAAAGAAGAGAAGGAGGACGCGACGCCCAUGUCCGACGACGAGGAUGCCAACAGCGUCGCGAGCUGCGCCAGCCAGUCGAACCAGGUGAAUGAAGUGGACACCGGGUCCGGCUCGGGCUCGGGCUCCGGGUGCGAGCGCUUCAAGGAGAGGAAGCGGCGACUGGAGAAAGGCGGAAGCAGCCACGGGAGCGACAGCGACUCGGCCUUGGGAGCCCCGCAGUACAAGAAGAGGAUGGAGCGGAUGGAGGACAGCGUGGGCGUGGAGGAGGACGCCCGGGAGAAGCUGGUGCGGGAGUACCUGGAACAAUCGGCAGGGAGCCUGGAAGACAUGAACCAGAGCGCGGACAAGCUGCAGAGGGAGAUCUCGGCCCUGGGCGAACUGGCGCGGGCCAAGGAGCUGGAGUGGAACUCCAUACUCCGGCUCCGAAAGCUGAAGGAGGAGAUGUUGGAGCGGCUCCUUCGGAAGCGGCGCCAGUACUUCAUCACCUCGAGUCCGGCCUCCGACUGGGACAGCACCCCCGUCCCCGCCUCCGCCCCCACCACCCCCAACCCCACCGCACCCCUCGCCAACAGCCCAGCAUCCAUACCAAAUGACAAAGACGCCCGAAAGAUGAAGCGGCCGAUGAUGGGUUCUAUGCAAAUGAAACAGUCCAACCCCGCCGACUCUGUUAAUAACAAUGCUAUGAUGGUGCCCAUCGUCUCGUCGAGUCCAAGUCAAGUACCUCUGCAGGUGAAUGGAGACCGGUCGUCAGUGCGCAGCUCCUCAAAUCCUAGUUCAAAUUGUAAUAAUAUAAAUAACAAACUUCAACGACCAAUAUUACCAAAGCCUCCACAGAUCUCAGCAUCUGCUCUACUAGAUCUACAAAACUCUGUCAUCGGAGAAGGCAGACAAGGUCCAAUUUUAGAUGUGAAAUCGAUUAUUGCUGACUACAGAUCAAGGCAUCCUGAAACAAUACCACGGAGAGGUCGUCGACCGACAGGUGGUCCAGCGGGACCAAUGCAGCCCAAAGUAGAGAGCUCCAUAGUUUCCUCCACCCGAUUUAGUGGUAGUCCAGCGCUAAUGAGCAUGGCAAAUCUAGCCUUGGGCUCUGGAUCUCAUGUCCGCACUGUUGCUUCCUCGCAAGAUUUUCCUAAUAACUUUAUGGGUCAUGAUAUAUCUAGACCUUCCAGUGCAGACUCCAUGAAAAAUUCAGAGCCCAAUGCAGCGAACGUACAAAGUUCGAAUAAUGUCAGUUUCAAAGAUUUCCUUGUUCAUUUUGCGAAAAUGAAACAAGAUAACCUGUCGUCUCAAGGAGGUUCUCCACAAGUUAAUUCCAAUAAACCAUCAUCGCAACCGCCACCAUAUCCUGAAGUCACCCUUCAUCCAGUGGCAGCUCCGCCCUCUCCACCUCAGACUCAAACAUCUCUGCUUCAUGGGAUAUUAACGAAGUCAAAUAAUCAAUCAAAAAGUAAUGCUAAUUCACAGCAUAGACCAACAGCGUUUUCUCCAACUUUGGCACGUCUCCUGACAGCGCCUGAAAAGAACUCGAGAAAUAUGCGCUUCCAAGAAGCUGCUGCAGCUCCUCAGUUCAGACCACCUGUUGCUAGUAAUAAAAACUAUACAAUCAACGACAUUUUCACACCUAACAAAAAAUCAAGGAAUGAAAUUACCAUCACUCCUGUUAGCACCAUUCAAAAAUCCAAAGAUGAAGUUGUCCUUUUGGAUGACGAAGAAGAUGCAAGUGACAGGUUGGUAAUAGAUGAAGGAGCUGCCGAACCUGUUGCAGAAGUUCCUGAGUGUCAAGGUUGUCAUCAAAGGUCCGCUCAGUUUGUCUGUGCUGGUUGUGGGAACCAGUGGUAUUGUAGCAGAGAAUGUCAGGUUGAAGCUUGGGAAGAGCAUUCUGAAAUGUGUUCAGAGCAUUAAAUGCUGUUGCAGAAUUUGAUUCAAAAGAUUCUUAUCGUGAAGGUGCCAGAAAGAUCUCAGUUAAUUAUCUUAUAUAGGAUACGAUGUGAACAAAUGUCAUCAAUCCUCAUCUAGUUGGUUCAUGGGACCAUCAAACUAUCUAUUGUACAAAGAUAGAAUUUUCAUACUGUUUUUUCUUCCUUUUAAUUUGUGUUAUCUUUCCUCAAACUUUGUUUUUUAUGUUUGUAUAAUGAGUUCGUCAUCAUAGACCUCAUCCAAACUACAAGUUGAAAAGUAUUUUGACUAGUCAUACAAGUUACUUCAAUGGAAACUUAAUUAUUCCUUCUCUCAAUUUUAAUCUUUAUCAAAACGUUUGUCUUUAUCACCUCACGUAUGAAAGUCUGAUUGCAAUAAGAUGUAUUGCUCCAAUUCAAAACUUCCAUUGUACAGUAGAGUUGUGAUUUAUUAUUACUUUUAAAAACAUCACUGUUUUAUUACACUCAGCUGAAUCUUUUGACACCAUCACAAAUAUAAGAUGGCAGUGAAAUAGUGAAUUAUUCUACUCUCCUCAUGUCACAACUAGUUGCAGCUAAAAUUAAUAAAGUUUGUGAUGACUGUGAAUCGUGAUUUUUACUGACUGAUAUAAGUAUAUUGCUCAUUGUUGGAAAGAAAGAUGUAUCAUUUCUAAGAAGAGCAUAUUGAAGGGUGAAUUUAUCAUACAGCAUAACUGCCUAAUAUUUUGAAUUAUUUGAGCUCCUCGUGUUUUUUGCUAUUUGACCAAACUUCGGGUGCUGUUACUUAUGAACACUCUAUUAACGUGUUUGAAAAUUGAUUACAGUCACAUUGUCCCUAAAAUUGUGUAUUUAUUUGUAACAUUUAUGUUAUUUUAAUUAUUUUAUUACCUUCUGCGUUUUGAUUUGGAGAGACAUCUGUAAAAAUAUUUUAGGCUGUCUCACUACAAUAGCGUUAUCCUACACUUUUUUGUACAUUUUAUUUCAAGUAAGUUAUCUUUUUUCAAUGUAUAUACUCUAGUAUAAAUCAGAUUUAAAAGAUACUUUUAAAUUUUUAUGGAUGUAAUGUAUCCACUAGUUAAUAUUCUUCAAGGGUCUCCCAGAAAUUAAGUAUUUUUUAUCUCCUACAAUUUCACAGGUAAAAAUAAUAUGUGCAAAUUAGCUUACAGCUACUACCAGCUUUUAAACAAGCUGAAGGACACGGAACUUGGCUCUGCUAUGAGCCAUACCAAUGGACCAUCAUACAAGGUGCAAAUUAUAGGAUUCUGGAUACAUGUUUCCUUCUUAAAAUUUCAUGUUGCACAUAAUUCAGGAUACGAAAAUUGCUUGAAUUAACUUUUCAGUAAGAAAUUAACGUUUUCAGUUAACAUUGGUUACAGGAAAUUCGAAUUGCUCGCUCACAAGAAAAACAAUACUUUACAUGAGUCAAAUCGUGCACUACAAUGAUUAUGGCAGUCCUCUUAAUCUAGCAGUGUUCCUUCCCUCCCCAAUGUUGUUUAAAGUGUGAACAACGUACAACAACUAAGUUAAAGUGCCAAGAUUGAGGUUCUCAUACUUUCAUGCCACAGGCAUUAAUGUGGCAACGUUCAGUGCGUGUUUUGACUGGUGUAGUGUUUUAUUUUCUCAUGAGCGGGAGGUUUGAAUUCAUGCAUCGGAACACGUUAGCUCAUUUGGCAGUUAAUUCGAGUGAUUUUUGUUGCCUGAAUUGUGCUCUGCGUGAACCUUUAAGUAGAAAACGUGUAUCAGAAUGAUUUAAAAUGUACCUUGUCUAGCGGUCCAUUGUCUCCAACUGUAAAAAGUUAACAGGACCGAGGAAUCAAUCUUUCUUUUUGGAUAACCCUUGUAAUUAUACUGAUGUAAAACUUUUAAAACCUGACGUAUUUAGCAAAUAUUAAAAUCCUAUCUCAUCAAUCAUCUAUAUAACUGCAUCCUCUUGAACAGGAAGUGUUUUUUAUUUUUUUCAAAAAAGUUUAAAUAUUUUAAAGCGCAAUAUAAAAUUUUGGCUGAGUCCUGUAAUUCUGCAACCAAAAUCUUCAAAUUUUUCAGUAUCUAAUGUACAUUUAUCUGUGUACAACUUGUAAUUGAACUGAGUACGCAGACUUUUUUGUGUUUAUAUUUCUAUGUGUUUGUGUAGUAUAUUUGCCUGGAUUGUUUUUUUCCGCUCCAGUCGAUACUUAAAUUAAAUUACUAACUUUUUGAGCUGUCAUUUCAUCAUCCAGUUCAUUAGCCGAAUGUUUGAACAAUUCAAAUAACACAUGAUGAUAAUCUUUCCAGCUGGGUCCUCUUGAGCGUUUUGCUUUGUGCUUAGUUGAAAACCGGUGACUUUUACAAAUGAAUCAACUUGAGUGAAUCCAUGAUAAUUAUCAACUUAGUGCUAAUUCAGUCACAUUUUAGUCUGGUAGCUCUGCAACUCAGUUUAAGUCAUUCAUCAGGAGCAUGUCUUGCUCAUCAGUAUCAUAUUAGUGAGUUACCUGUUUCUUUUUAGUAUUAUUAUUUAGUUGUUUUUGUUUUUAUUUUAAAUUUGUUUUUCCUUCUUUUUUCUCACUGCAUCAACUUUCUUAAUCCCUUUAGCUAAGUAUUUUACAAAGGGAUAGAUUUUUAAAUAAUGAAGGUGCAAAGGGAUGAAGCAAAAUUUCAUUACUGUAUGUAAUCCAUUUUUAAUAAUGUUUCUUGACUGAUUGAUCUUGUCAAUGCACACUCUGUUUUAAAGUAAUCUCUAUCUUGAAAAUAAUUGUCCGAAUGACUCAUAUCAAACAUCUCGAGGUGUUAAGGAUUCAGCUUGUUUUUUCUAUAUGUCUCCAUUAAUUAUUCCCCUAAUACUUAUUUAUUUUUACUUUUUUUGUUUAUUUAUUCAUGUUCUCCUUGGAGGUAAGGAAUCAAAUUCAUUUUAGAUGAAAAAAAAAGUUGUAAAAAAAAUUUUUCACUCGAAUAUGAAAAACUUGGAAAUUAUUACUUUUGUUACUUACGGACUUUUUGUCUUAGAAACUUAAAGGACACUUUUCUCCUUUAACUGACUGGAAAUUAUUUAAAUCUGGUGACUGAGUAGCCCAUUGUUAUAGUAAAAACUUUAAGGUUUAAUAAAUUAUUUUUUUAAUAAAUA